AUGGCCCGCCGCCGCAGCCGCAGCCGCCGCCGCGCUCGCCCCGCCUCGCCACCGGCGGCGCUGGAAGACGAAGACCUCCUCCGGAAGAUUUUCCUGCUCCUCCCGCCUCAGCCCUCCACCAUUCCCCGCGUCUCCGUCGUCUGCAAGCAAUGGCGCGGCGUCGUCCGCGACCCCCAAUUCCUCCGCGGCUUCCGCGACCACCACCGGAAACCUCCCCUCCUCGGCCUCGUCAUGGGCCACACCGGGCACCCCUACUUCAGGUCCGAUCUCGACCCUCCAGACCACAUCCCGCACGAGCGCUUCUUCCCUCCAGACAUCCUCAGCAUGUACAUGGACUUGUUCGACUGCCGCCAUGGACGCGUCGUCUUCUUCGACCACCAGCUACGUGAGGUCAUGCUGUUUGACCCCGCCACCGGAGGCCGCCGUCAUGUGGUCGUUCCACCAGUGUUUGACGAGAAGGAUAUUGGCGUCUUCAACGCCGCCGUGAUUUGCGUUGCCGGCGACGAAGGCCACGUGCACGGCGAUUGCCACACCAGCCCAUUUCAGGUGGUCUUGAUAGGUAUCCACGAUGACAAUAAACGAGCAUUUGCCUCUGUCUACUCAUCGGAGACCGGAACAUGGGGCGAGCUCAUCUCAACAGCAGCAAUUCGGUAUAUGCGUGAGCUGAGCCGUCCCAGCACCCUUGUAGGGGAUUCUGUUUAUUGGGUGUUUGAUGGCAAUGAGGAUGGCAUACUCAAGUUUGAUUUAGAUAAGCAUAGCCUAGUUAACAUCGAGAUGCCGGAUUUCGGGGAUUAUAGCUGCUGGAGCAGCUUUAAGAUCAUGUCGACAGAUGAUGGCAGUUUUGGCCUUGCUGCCUUGGAAUACCAAAAAAUCGAAAUGUGGGAGAGGGAAGUCGAUUGUGAUGGUGUUGCUGGAUGGGUGCUGCAGAAGACCUUUCAAAUGAACACGAUCCUUGGUCUAGGGCCUAUGGGAGGAAUGGAUAAUCUCAUGUUGGGGUAUGAUGAAGAUGAUCGUGCGAUUUAUGUAAGGACAGAUAUUGGUGUCUGCAUCAUUCAGCUUGAUACAAUGCAGUUCAGAAAUCUUGGCAAAGAUAAUUUCACGACCACCGCCUAUUAUCCGUACAAAAGUUUCUAUACUGCAGUGAGUGACUUGUCAGUAUGCGAAAGAAGAGUUGGUGGCAUCUCCAGAUCUCUGGCGAAGGAUGACAGCAUCAUGGUUCCUGCUUCAAGGGGGGCAGGAGCGGCAGGAGACAAUGCCGCAGCUGCUUCGACCCGAACCAUACCAGGAGAUAUGUUAGACAAGUCAAACAGCAGAGUUCAAGGAAUCGAUACAGGUCUUGUGCCAAGCCGGGUACUGACACAAACCCGAAUCGACGUGAUAUUCAAGAAAGAGAUGGAGACAAGAUCAAAGCUUACCAAAGCUUGGGCAAAAUGGUUCCGCAGCAACGGGAUUCCUGAAAGUAAAGCAGACUGCCCACACUUCCGCAAUGCCAUGAAGUUAACGCUGCAGCUAGGUACCCACUUGCCUGUUCCUACAGGCGGUGAACUAGGGGGCGUAAAUCUGGACGCCGAGGAAGAACUUCCGUAA